CCCAGCCAUUAUCCUAAUGAUAGAACUCAGAAUCACCAUUGUUGGAAGAUUUCAAUAGUUUUAUUGGGAAGUUCGAAUCUACUUUCGGGGACUCAGACAAGGUCAGAACAGCAGCUACUAGGAUCAGAAAACUUACCCAUGGCAUUAAUCGAUCAAUUUCGAAUUGGGCUUAAAAACAAUAUGAAAGACCUAUUACUUACCAUAGAAGAUCCUACAUCGUUGAAUAAUGCAAUAUCUAAGGUGGUACACUACGAUAACAGAUUGUUUGAGCAACAUUAUGAACAACAAGGUUAUAGUUUAGAAUGGGGUAAUUCAGUAACCAAUUAUAGUAGAUCUAGUUUAACCCCAAAGCCAAUGCAAAUCAAUUCAACAAGGGCAAGGACUCUUUCAGAAGAAGAAAAGCAGAGAUAA